UCUUCCUCGAGCUUAAACGAAGUCGCUACAUCACUUUCAAGUUUAACGGUGGAACGACCAACAUGACGUGUGCGGAUAUUGUUUAUGAUAAGAUCCACUUCAGACAUGACCCAAAAUGGAGCGGCCGCCUGGGGCCUGCAGAGGGAGGUGGGCUGCUGCUCUGUGUGGCCUGUGUCAUGGAGAUGAUAGAGAGUGACGAUGUAGCGUCAGUGCGGAAGUCUUUUGCCUUGUCUGGUAUCAGUGAGGUGCUGAAGUGUUCUCCAGGGUACUUGAGAGAGCUGCUCGGACAGGACCACACAGUCUCUCUGCGUUUUACAGCUUCUCUACUGGGGAUGCUUCACACUGUGGAGGACCCAGCCACUCUGGAAAAGGUUGACCAAGUGCUGGUUCAGCUGCUUUUGGAGCUCCAGAGUGAGCUGUCAUAUCGCUUUGUUUUGGAUGAGAUACAAAAACAGCUGAAUGACCAGCCCAAUGUGAAGGGUUUUCAGCACACCUUCAACUUCCUGGGGAGGCUAGUGGAAGCAGUCCCCAGUGUGGCUUACAGACUGGUGACUCAGUACGUGUCCUUGCUGGCACACCUGUGCUCGGCCUGGAAUCACCCAGAUGAAGUGUUGAAGGCUUCGGUCCUGUAUGUGUGGCUCAAACUGUUCGAGACAGCUGGGGGCUCAGCAACCCAGUCCUUGCCCGUUGCCAUCAGGGACAGAGUGUGUUUCCUGUUGCUGCAGACCUUAACCAAUGCCGGUUCCCCCCAGCUCAUCAACAACUGCGUUGGCCUGCUGUGGCGGCUGGUGCAGCAGGGAGAGGCGGUGUCAGUUCUGAUGAACUGCCCCGGAGAGCAGAUCAUGUGCCAUGAGAACCAGAACAACUACACCAACAACAGCCAGACCCUCAGCCAAAACCAAGAGCAACAGUCCCCUGACCAAUGCCCUCUGCCUCUCAUACUGAAAAAGUUGCUGCUGAGUGGUGAUGAGACGUUGCAGGUGUCCAGUGCGAAGUGUAUUGCAUUCAUCCUAGUUCAUUCUGCCACUCAGUGCAGUGCUCCCUUCAUCAAAGCUGACAUAGCUGAGUUUCUGUUCGACCGUCUGGCCAGUAGUAGUAAUGAGGUGCUGCUGUGGUCUGUCUACAGCUGUUUGGUGUUACUUACUGAGGACCCACUCUUCUUCUCCCAGUGUCACUCUGUCUAUGGUAUUGAGUCCCUGGUGCGCAGUCUGAAGGAGGCUCUGCGGCUGACCAACCUGGAGGUGCCAAAACAAGGUCUGCUGCUCCUGACUGAGAUCCUGGAAAGGCAGCCCCCAAGCAUGCGUCUGUUCCCCAGUGGUUCAGGUUUUGUUGCAGUAUCAGAGGCUGUUAUGGGUGGAGUCACGUCCUCCUGCCUGCUGGUAGCCACACAGGCUGCCACCGCUGCCGCCGCCCUGUGCAGACUGAACCACCAGUCCAUACCAGUCCAGUACGGGAAGAUAGAGGAAUUAAUUGAGGCUAUCACUAAGAGAUUCUUUGAGCUGUCCCUACCCUCCCCUGCUCAUCGUCGAAACACUGCGAGUCUGAGGAGGUCAGACCCCAACAGCCAGGGUUCCAGGUCUGAAGGAUUUCUGCUCCAGGCUCUGGUCUGUUUUCAGGCUGCCUGCAGGUUGACCGAGGACUGUGCAUCAGAGCCUGUUUUGAAGGAGAACAUGUUCACAGCUCCAUUUAAACACAGCCAUGCUCAGGACUCACUGGAGUCCCUGUAUUAUUGUCUGCUGCGCUGCUGCGACUCCGUCUGGAUACCCACCGUCAUCAGGAUGUGUGAGCAUGCACCCAACGCCCAGAUCCUGCAGUACUUCUACUCCAUCCUUUCCUUCCAGUUCACCCUGCUUCCGUCAUUCAUGCCUGUCUUUGCAAAUAAGCUCGCGUCCUCGGGUUUCUACAGGCUGGCUCUGGAACACAAAGGGCUCCUCUGUGCGGGGAACAGGCAUCCAAACCUGAAUACAGCUUGCUGUGGUUUUCUACGGAAACUCAGUGUGUGUCUGCUCUCCCAGUCAGACCCUCCUUCUGGCUUCUGCCAGUAUGAUGUUGAGGAGGUGGAAAAGCUGCUGCUGCACAGCCUUCCCUCUCUGUGCUGUCGUCUGUCAGACUGGCCUGCUCUGCUGUGUGAGGCCCCGGGGCUCCAGCUGUGUGAAUAUAAAGGACCAAAGGCCACCCAGUACUGUCUGGUGAUAAUGCUACACCUUGCCCUGCAGCGAGGAGAUAGACUCCUCCCAGACCAGACAGUGUUCUCCAGUGUGGUGUGGCUGUUGCAGUCAGUGCAGGCAGAGGGUAGCUGUGCCCUGCCUCGCUCUGUGCUCCGCUCUGCCCUCUACCUGCUGGCAGUGACACAGGACAAGAGCCCCAACCUCGACGGGGCUCCUUUGAACUGCAUCAGCAAGGCGCUCUCCUCCUGCCAAAGCUUCUCUUCCCUCUACAGUCACCAUCCUGCACUCCUCCACUUCAUCUGUCGAUAUUCGGAGCUUGCAGAGAAAUUUGGGCCCCUGGUCUUAGAACUUUGGUUGACCAAGAAAGCACAGCACACAGAUGCAGAGCAGACCAUGGCAGGCAUACCGGAGACGAGAGAGAAGAGAGAAGCAGACAAGAGGCAGGAUCAGGAGCCAGACACAGAAACUAAGGAGCUACUAACUCUGAUAGAGAAGUACCCGGCUGUCGUAAUGACGCUCCUGGACAUGGUUUGCACCAGGGAGACCCCCCUGGCAGGACGAGCCCUGGCAGUGCUGGAAGUUCUUUUGCAUGCUCAAAGAGAUUAUGAGGCUGACUUGUGUACCAAUCUCAGGCCAGCCUUAAUGCAGGCAUUGCAGAGGCUCAGUGUGGAGAACAUGGGCCAUGGGCUUGGACAAGGACACACUGCACAAGUCCUGCUGGACCUGGACCUGGCAUUGCUGGAACUUGUUUAG